AUGGUGUCUGAAGAUGACGGUACCAGUCCCCGCAAAAGGCGGAGGAUUGGCCCUCCCAAAGCUGCCCCUUAUAUGUUGCGACCUUUAUUCGAUCAAGUACCUCUGAUGGCCGACGAUCCCAAUGAUGAUGUUUACAUUACCUAUGACAAUCUAUACAUUGGAACCUCCGCCGCGGAGAUCUUACAUUUCGUCUGCCUUCCUCCGGAUCCCUCGGACAUCUCAAACGAAUCGUCCUUCAUCCUAGCUUCGAGACUACCUAUCCCUUUCGCUCAGAACUCGCAAGCAACCUUCAAUCCACCCGGUAUCCAGCGGAUCGUUCUUCUGCCGACUGCGAACAAAGCAUGUGUGCUCUGCAAUGGGACGGUUACUUUCUACAUGUUACCGGAGCUCAGCCCGGCUUUCGGCAACACCAAGGUUCAUAAUUGUCACUGGAUCGGAGGUCUUGAUCUGAAUGCGGAUCCCGAGGAUCAGGAAGAUCCCGUGAUCAUGAUCGGUGCCCAGAAUAAAAUCAUGUUGGUGAGGAUCGGUGACGGGGCUCGACUGCGGAGGAAUAUCGAAUUUCCGGGCUGCUUGGUGGCGUCGCGCAGGGGCAUAAUCUCCUGCGCCGCUGAUGGACAUACCUACUCGCUACUCGACGUGGAACAUCAACAAAAGAUCCCCCUGUUUCCCAUUUCAUUCUUGAAUGAAGCCCUCGGAUCCGGGCAGGUGGAGGACAUACCGCAAGCAUCAUCACCACCUCCACUCGCCAGCUCUCCGCCGACUGAAAACCAUUCGCACAACAGGAGCUCUAGCCUGAAUACACUAGCAGGCAUGCUGCACCCGACUGCACACCCGGGCCCUCAAGAUCGGUCAAGCUCCGGGACGCCUGAAUUGUCUCCGGAUUCGGGGACGCCGACUCGAUCACGAUCGAGAGAGCGAGGGGCCAGUGCAUCGCCUAGAGUAUCCUCCGAGCAGCAGUCUAGACCUAGUGAUGAUUCGAAGCAACUCCCGGCAUUACCAAAACAGUCAACACAGCUGAAGCCGCAUGUUCUUUCUCCUACUCCCUCGGAAUUCUUGCUCGUUAGAGGAACGGACACAACGGAGCCAGGUGUUGGGAUGUUCGUCAACAUGGAUGGUGACGUGGACCGCGGCACGAUCACGUUCCACAGAUAUCCAGAGUCGCUUGUCAUCGACAAGGGCGACGAAAACAACUUAAUCCAAGCCCCUGAUGACACUAGUGACGAGCUCAUCCUCGCCGUGAUGGAGACCAACGAAGACGGAAACCGGCGCAAACGCAUCGAAGUGCAACCAUGGGAUGCCGACCCAGCAGAGGCCGAGAGCCAAAAAAGCUGGGUAGAGAUACCCUCCCAGGACGUGCAAGUUCCUCAUGUUGGUCUUGCGCAUACAAUCAGCCCGAGUCAACUGGAGGUACAUGAAUUGGGGAAAUCAAUGCAGAUGAUUCGCUUGAAGACGCCGUCAUUAUCUCCGCACACCCCGGUAGUCGACCCCCGGACUCAGGCAUCUAUCGAACAGCUGCAGAAAGAAAAAGAACUUUUUGAACCUGACCCUGAUGGCGCCAAGAAGGAUAAAUCUGGUGGUUGGGAAGCGGAACGAAAUGCCGAAGAGGCCAAGAUCGCCCGCGACCUGGGCAAGGCUCGAAGUAGCUUGAUAAUGUGGUCAGGGAACACUAUCUGGCGGGUUGUGAGAAACCCAUUAACCACUCAGCUUGACAAUGCGCUAGGUAACGCCCAGAUUCCCGGGGACAAUGAACACAAGGUCUUGGACCGCGAUGUUAUCAUAGACAUCAUUGAAUUGGUCCAAGGAUCCGAGCCCAAAUCGGAGGCUGAAUUCUUAGGAUUGAAUUACAUCAAGCAAAAGUCGAGCCUGCUCCUUUUCGGCGAUCUAGUUUUCAUGGACCCAGCGCACCGACAUGAAGCCACUACGAUCAAAAUGACAGAAAAGGCACUUACGGAUGGAAAUCUGGACCCCCGUAUAGCUUUGUUACUGGUUCCUCUCCUUCGCUGCGAGGUACUACAGGGCCCUCAGGGAAUCUGGAUCCACGCCGGGCUUGCAGAUAUUGUGGAAAUGUACAUCCAACGGGAGGAAAAGGACGAAUCUGCUAGGGAUGCCACUUCUGACAGUGACAUUUUGAAUAUGGUGAAACGCUUUUUGGUUUCAUGGCAGCAGAAACGGGGAUACGGAAGUAUCACAGACGAGACAUAUGUUUUCGACAGUGUUGACGGGGCUCUCCUGCAUCUACUUCUCGAGCAAGACUCAAAGUUCACGCCUGAACAGCGCUCGACUUCCUCGGUGCGAGCUGAGCUGAACCGGCUCGUUGACAAUUGGAAAGGGAACUUCGAUCGGGCUGUAGCCCUUCUAGAGAGUUACAAGCGGUUAUUCAUCCUGAGUCGUCUGUACCAAAGUCAAAAGAUGUCGGGCAAUGUGCUGAAGACGUGGCGGCGGAUUACUGAAGGCGAGGAGGAUAUCGGUGGUGAAAUGUCUCCGGCCGGAGUUGAGACCCAGAUGCGCCGAUACUUGGUCAAAAUCAAGGAUGCGCAGCUUGUGGAGGAGUAUGGGUCCUGGCUGGCUCAGCGAAACCCAAGCCUUGGUAUUCAAGUCUUCGCGGACCACACCAGUCGAGUCAAACUGGAGCCUGGGGACGUCGUCGGCUUGCUCAAGGAGCGAGCUCCGAAUGCGGUGCAAGAGUAUCUUGAACACCUCGUCUUCUCGAAGAAUUUAACUCAAUAUGCCGACGAUCUCUUAUCAUACUAUCUGGAUACCGUGCUCUCCGUCCUUGAGUCCUCGCCAGCCGCACGAGAGUCCCUCUCGGAAUCCUACUCCACAUACCGCGCCCUCCAGCCGCCCAAGCCAACCUACAUGAAUUUCAUCGCCGAGAACACCCCCUCGGAACCAUGGUGGCAGUCUCGUCUCCGACUCCUCCAACUCCUAGGUGGGGGCAGCAGCAGCACUAGUCAAUUCUCCUCUAUUCCCACCCCAACCCUCACAUACUCCAUUCCCGCCGUUCUCGCUCGAAUCGAGCCCUUCCAGAACGAACUCGUCUCCGAGUCAGUCAUCCUCGACGGACUGCAGGGCCGUCACCGCGAAGCCCUGCGUCUUCUUACGCACGGACUAGGGGACUACGACUCCGCCGUGCGAUACUGCCUCUUUGGCGGCCCCCGCAGCACCAGUGCCACCGGAGCACUAGUCGAGUUCGCCGAGCGACCCCUCCAAACGGAACUAUUCGGAUACCUAUUGGAUGAGUUUCUGCGCAUCGAGGACCUUUCGGAACGCCUCGAGCGCACCAGCGACCUCCUCGCCCGAUUCGCCUCAUGGUUCGACGUCGGCGAGGUCCUCCGCCUUGUCCCCGACGACUGGAGCGUCGACAUCCUCAGCGGUUUCUUGGCGCAGGUCUUCCGGGUCCUUGUCUCGCAGUCCCGCGAGACGCGCAUCGAACGCGCUCUCAGCGCGGGACUGAACCUGCGCGUUGGCACGGAAUACAUCGAGGGAGUAGAGAAGGUGGGCGGUUGGGUCGAGGAAGGAGAUGGCGUGCGUCGAUUGAAAGGGUCUUCUUCUAGUUCAGAUAAGCAGGCUCAACCAGGUCAGCCUGAGGAGGGAAGUGAUUUCGGGGAUAUGGUUGGAGCGGGUGAUCCACGUUGA